AUGCGUUCAGGUGACUUACUAGUGGAAGUCGAUACCAAAACGCAAGCUCAGAAUAUCAUCAAACUGAAAGCUCUAGCCACCAUACCUGUUUCUGUGAGUCCUCACACUUCGCUAAACUUCUCCAAAGGUGUAAUAACCUGCGGAGAAUUAUAUAACGUUCCUCUAGAGGAAAUAAGUUCAGAAUUGAAAAAACAAGUCACUUGCGCCCGUUGUGCCGAAAAAGGGCAUGAUAGUCAACAGUGCACCGCACAAGAAAAGUGCGUUAACUGUGGUGGUGACCAUCCCUCUUACUCUCGAACUUGCUCGCGAUGGAAACUGGAGAAAGAAAUCAUUACCAUAAAAAUAAAAGAAGAUUUAACAUAUCCAGAAGCAAGGCGUAAGAUUGAAAUACAGACUCCUACUCCUGGAAUAAGCUAUUCUUCCGUUGUUAAAAAAUCAUUUUGCUCAAACUGCUCUUGUGCCAACUGCAAGAAACAAAAUUCGACAACAAAACCUCCAGAAAAAACAUCUGAAUCAGAUUCUGAUAGUUCAACCAAAAUUGUUCCAGAUUCUUCUAAGCAAGAUCCCGAUACACAUAGAAAAGCCCGUAAAAAUAAAUCUCAGACCUCACUGACGCUGAAACUCGCGAAACGUGGACUUUCGCAAAAAGAUCUUUCGGUAAAAUUCAAAAAAUCUAAUAUACGGAAUUCAGUCGCUUUGGGAUUAGCGAAUCAGAAUAUAGUCCAUAAGGAUUUUACCACCAUUUUUGGUGACACGCUAACCAACCCAGAUUUUAAGCUCCAUCCAUCUGAGGAUGAAGAUUCACUUGAUAUGAGUUGCGAAGAUCUAGCAACUCCAACAAAUGCACGUCCUCUUUCUUCAUCAAAACCUCUUUCAUAA